AUGGGCAAACCCACGAACAAGAAACUUAAAGAAACAAAAGUAAGACAAAAGAUGGAGGAAGCUGGGCCAGCAGCUGCAGAGAAGAGGAAAGGUUUGCUUAAAAACACAAUAUCUAAAAAGGAGAAAUUUAGUCAGAAGCGCCACAAAUUACUGAACAAAUUUGCUUUGUUGAAACAACAACAGAAGGAGGACGCAGAGAGAAGGAGACGGGAGAAAACGGCAAUAGUCGGCGAUUUGAAGGUUCUUAAGGAUGCCUUGCCAUCAUUAGAGGAAAUAAUGAAGCUGUCCAAAGAAAAGUCUCAUUUGAAAACAGGCAUUCAGGCAGUGGAUGCAACAUCGAAGGACCCAAAACAGUUAAGCACGAAGAAAAAGAUAAAAACGAAGAAGGAAAAGUUUGCCCGUCAAGUUAAAGCAUUUGAAAAACUAUUGAAAGACCCGGACUUUAAGCGAAACCCACGGGAAGCGAUACGCUACCAUAUUAAAUAUACACAUGGGUUAAUUGAGUAA